GACCGAUGUGUAGAGAGCCACGCAAUUCCCCAACCGCAGAGGCCGCCAAAUUGAAGGAAAUCAAACCCUUUCGCAAAACCUCUUCGUCGACACUGAUCCGUUUCUUACCCUCCGUCACCGUUUGAGAUGGCGAAGUCUUGUAAGGGUCUUGCUGAAGAGCUUGUGAAGUGUCUCAGUGAAUCGAUAUGUGUCAAGGACGAGAAACGGUCAAUUCGGGACUGCGCUGGUGAAAAAAGCCCAUGUAUACCGAGUGAGUGUGUUGGUUUAAGGGAAACCUACUUCAAUUGUAAAAGAGGACAGACAUGAGAGCCAGGAUUCGAGGAAACAAAGGCUACUAACAAAAGAGAUAAAUAUCGGACACUGAGCACCUGCUUGCUCGAUAUCACAUUUUCAAUUUGUUAUUUUUGUGUUCCUUUUUUUGUAUCAAUCCCUUUGAUUUCUAAUAGUUGCAGCACAAUAUGAAGGGGCAAGGCAGAGUCUUACCAACUUAGUUUCUUGUCAUGAUGUCAAUAUCAAGUUAGGCUUGUUCCUAUACUCAACUUGAUUUCUUUUGCUCUUUAAAGUUGUAUUACAUGGGACCAGAUGCUAUUGAAUCUCAUUGUGUAGUUUAAAGAACGAGUAAGAAUGAAAAAAAAAAGAUUCUUCCGA